CGGUGGGCGGGUGCGGGCGGCAUAGGCGGUGCGGCGGAGGCGGAGCGGGCGCUGCGGCAGGAGGGAAGAUGGCGGACGAGGAGAAGCUGCCGCCCGGCUGGGAGAAGCGCAUGAGCCGCAGCUCAGGCCGGGUAUACUACUUCAAUCACAUCACUAACGCCAGCCAGUGGGAGCGGCCGAGUGGCAACAGCAGCAGUGGCAGCAAAAAUGGACAAGGAGAGCCCACCAGGGUCCGCUGCUCGCACCUGCUUGUCAAGCACAGCCAGUCCCGGCGGCCCUCAUCCUGGCGACAGGAGAAGAUCACCAGGACCAAGGAGGAGGCCCUGGAGCUGAUUAAUGGCUACAUCCAGAAGAUCAAGUCAGGAGAGGAAGACUUUGAAUCUCUGGCCUCACAGUUCAGCGACUGCAGUUCGGCCAAGGCCAGGGGAGACCUGGGUGCCUUCAGCAGAGGUCAGAUGCAGAAGCCAUUUGAAGAUGCCUCCUUUGCACUGCGGACGGGGGAGAUGAGCGGGCCCGUGUUCACGGAUUCCGGCAUCCACAUCAUCCUGCGCACGGAGUGAGGGAUGUGGGUGGCUCAGGCCUGGCCUGCAGGGUCGGGUGGGGCGGGAUGGGUGGCUGGGCCCACAGACUCUGCUCCCUGCUGUCAGCUGGCCAACAGGUGCCCCACCCUGCUGACGUCACAGUAUUUAUUGUUCCCAAAAUGGCUGAGAGGAGCUCUUCACCACUGGGGGCCCCCUCUCUGCCCCUAGUUGGAGCUGUCCCUGUCAGACUCCCCUCCCCUUUAGGAAUUGACUUCAGAAGGGCAGGUGAGUGAGGAGGCUCCCAGACGGAAGGGGUGGGGGUGACCUGUCCCAAAGAGAAGGCCUAGUCAGCUGAACUGCCCCUGUGUCCCUCCUUGCCACCCAGGUCCAGGAUGGGGGCAGGACGGCCUUAACACUGUUUCUGGUUAUGCUAUGUUCCUCUAUUCAAUUGCAAAAAGCAAAUGCUCCACGUGGGGCCCAGGCUGCCCACCACCUUGGGGUCCUCACUGAGUGGCAGUGCAGCCCCCUUCGCAUCCUUGAUUAAACUUGGAACCACUA